AUGCGUUUUUUCAUCGCUAUCUCAACCCUUCUGGCCAUUGCCUCCGCGGCUCCGGCUUCAACUGCGCAGAACUUGCAAGACGUGAAGGGUAGCGCUGCUGCCUAUGUUGAAAACAUGAAGGCUGCAGGGUGCGACUGGUUGGCUUGUGUUUCCUCCCUUGCUGGUGAAAGCGCUGCCUGUGCGGCUGCAGCUGUAGAGCUGGGUCUUAAUCCCAUUGCCGAUGCCGCCUGUCUCGCUACAGUUGGCUUCGUGCAGUAA